AUGACUACAGUUUGGACAGCAAGCAAUAUACGCCGACAAGAUGGACGUUACAACAGUCUAUCUAGGAGUCUAGGGUCAUUAAUGUCAAUUGUACUCGAUGAAGAUAAAUCUCCAUCUGUAUUGAUUUUUUCUAAUCAGUCGCCAAGAGAGACUAAUUUACAAACAAGUGUCUCUGUUGGUGACCGAGUCGGAGAUGAGAAUAUUUUGCCAUUAAAUGGAUUAAGUUUUCGUUCAUUACAAACGGACUCUUCUUCAUCGAUUGCAUUUGUUGGCAAAAAAAUUAAACGUGAGUAUCAAUCAGCGUUUGUAUUGCCUGAUAAACAAACAAUUGGUAUUAUUCGUCAAGAAGCGUUUAUGACUGAAGAAGGUUUAGCUCAAGUCACGCUUAGUUUAUGCGUUUCGACUAAUUUAGAUAGUUUACAAGUUAGUAAAAGUGAACGGAUAUGUGAUUAUCUUGAUACAGAUUAUUGGGCUUCCAUUUUAUUAGCUUCCACUGAAUCUCACGAUGCUGAACUAUUAGGAUAUAUGGGACCUGAAUAUACUUCAAGAAAAUCGAAUCGUUUUAACUUUGAACGUUCUGAAAGCCGACGACGUAAACGAGAAAUUGUGCUUGUUCAAGAAGAGAUUGAAGAUAGUGAUGAAAAAGAUAAUGUUGGAAAAUUCGAUAGUAGCAAUAUUUUGCCUGAAAGUGUUACAGUGUACGAAAAGUUAUAUCCUAAAGGGAAGGAGGAGUCUGAUUCUCAGACAAGCCGAUUAAUCCUGCAUCCUCCACCACCCCUUCCACCUCCACAACUGCCAGAAUCACCCCUGCCUUCACCACCAAAAACUUUAAAAGUAUCUGAAAGAAAUGCUUCACCAAAACCACAACCAAUUUCAAGUAGAAAUUCAUGUCAGCCAAAAGAACAAGCUCCAAUAAUUGGACGAGCUGAACCACCCGGAAAAACUAAACCAAUUGUAAGUAGUCCGAAAUCUAAAGAAAAUUUUGAAAAACUUAAACGUCAAUGGAACAAUCGCAUUGCACAAAUGCAAGAACAUUUAGAUAAUCAAUAUCGUGAUACACCAACAUCACUACCACAAACUUAUACAGAAGGACAUCGUGGUUCUACAGUUACAUCAAUUCUGCCUACAGUAGAUAAACGAUCUUCUGAUCCAUAUGUAAAAAGUCGAAUCUCAUCGACUGACCGAAGAUCCUCCCCUGAACAAGCAUAUGAUCAUCAAUCUCUUCCGGAUAGAACUUCAAUGGACCAUGGAUCAGAUAAAGAGAAUUUUAUUUUUCAAGGCUUUGAUUAUAUUAGUUCAUCAUUACCGGGUUCAGGUGAUCUAGUGGAUCCGGUGACGGAACGUUGUGAAAAAGAUGCACAAUUUAUUUAUAGUCAAGCAAGAUUAUUUGUUAAUCAACAAAAUAUAGGCAGAUUAAGUCCACGAAAAUUAUCAGUUGAUCGGGGUGGUCGUCAUCUGACUACAACAGAAACACCAGGUAAAGUAACCGAUGAACUUCCGGGUCACAGGCGCCAUCCUCCACCGCCUCUUUCUCCAAACGCGAAAGAAGAUAUGCACUAUCCGCGUGAUGGAACUGUUAGUCGAUCACGAAUUUCAGAUGGUUCUAAAGCUGCUACUCCAUUAACUCCCACCAGACAUUCAUUAAGAAAUCUUGGUGACGAUUCAGAGAAAAGAAAACGACAACAAAAGGUAUUCGACGACGAAUUCAGAAAUGCAAAUGGAGAAUCAAUGCCAUUGGAUCCCAGGAAACCAAACACACAGUUUAAUUAUGGCAUUCUUCCACAUCCAGAUGAAUAUAAUUAUUUAGCUGAAGCGGAAAAACAAAAACCAUCUAUAGAUUUUGCAUCAGAAUUAUCUUAUGAUAGUAGUCUUUAUGGCAAAACUAGCCAAGGUUCCUGUCGAAAACAACCACCAAUUAAGCAUUAUGAUAAGUAUAAGGAUAAAAAAUCUGAUAAACCACAUCGUCAUCCUCCGCCACCUCAACCUAUUGGUCAUGACCAAACAAAACGUUUAGACGAUAAACCAAGCCCAAAACUAGACAGAAGAUCACGUCAUGGAAUAGUUUCAUGUGAUGAAAAUUAUUAUGUAAAUGUACCUGGUUCAGGUCCACCAGGUGUUCUUCCACCGUACAAUGGACACAAGAGAUCUCUGCAAGAUUUAAGUGAACGCUCCGGCCCUCAUAGUGCUUAUGAUCCUAGAUUGGGCGAUACAAUUAAUCAACCAAGCAAACCUAGAACUCGUGAUAAAAUAUCCGAUCAAGUACCUGAUUAUUAUGAUCAGUAUACAUCAAAUGAAAGUGAUUAUGAUGAUUCAGGGGAAUCGGAUGAAGAACUUAAACCACCAGCAUUGCGUACAAUAACUCAGACAAGGAGAAGAUCUGAACCAGAACCGUCCAAUAAUUAUCCACCAGUACAAUUAAGACGACCAUCAAAAGGACAAAAAACUGGACAAUCAAUUACAUCAAUUCAUGAUAGUCUUAUCAGUCCUGAAGGUAUGUCAAUUCCUUCUACACCGGGUUAUGAAAAUAUUUACGGUAUUUAUUAUGAUGAUAAAACAGGUAAAUACGUGAAAGGAUUAGAUCAUGAUCAUUCAAAUGGAAUGUCACAAGAACGUAUAUCACGACCACGUUCUAAGCAUACAACUGCAACAAGUCGAAGUUCUGGUUAUUACGGUAUUAAUGGUUCAAAACACAGUUUAAUAAUCAGUACAAAACGUCGAACACUAAGCGGUUUAACUGGUACCCAUCCAUCAAAACAUCGUUCCAGUUCAAUGAAUACUUUAUGGUUCGGUGAUCAUCCUGUACCAUCGGAACGUACACUCUCUCCAGCUACACCAGUUAGAUUAUCAAAUAUACAAAUACAAGCUCAAGCAGAACUUGAACGUCGACAUAGAUCAUCUUCACAUGGGCAUAGUUUAGAUAGAAAAUCUGUAUAUAGCACAGGAAUGACAGAAAGUCAUUUGUCCAAAGGUUUAAGUGAUUAUCAUCAAGGUUAUGAAGGAAUUGGUUAUUCAUAUGAUAAUCGAGGAAGAUUAAUACAUGGUGGUGCAUGUUUACCUGAACGUUCAGCUAGUCGUAAACGUCGAUUAUUAGAUGGUCAUGAAAGUUUAUCAAGAGUAUGGAUACCACAAAGUGGUGAACAGUAUUCAGUUAAACAAAUAUCUGAUAGAACAGCUAGUUCUCUAACGAAUCGUGAUGAACGACAAGCUCAAUUAGAUAAUUCAGCUAUGGCAUUUGCUUUACGAGAUUUUACUGUACCAAAAAUUCGAAAUCUCACUGGACAUAAUCAUUUCAACAAUCAUUCAUCUUUAAUAAGAAGUAAAAGUUUUCAACAAUUUACCGACUUCAAUAAAUCAACUCAUACAACAAUGAUGAAGAUGAUGUCAACAAUGGAAGUAUUUAAAUUAUGGAAAUCUGAUCUAAUAUUAUAUAGAAGUAAUCAUACAUUUGAAACUGAUCCAAGAUCAUGGUUAUAUUUAUCAUAUAAUAUAAAAUAUUUACAUGAAACAACCGUUUAA